AUGGAACUGAAAAUUCUUGCAUAUGUGUUAUGUGGCUGCCUAUCUUUGGCCACUUCAUGGGAUUUUCAAUAUUUGUAUGGAUUUUUGGAUUCCUAUAUAAAUCGGACAUCGGUAUCCGAAAUUGUGUGGUUUAUAAGUCAAGCAUUGGAGAGUGAACAACUGGAGGAGGUGGAUGGUUUCAUGAAAGGUCUUUCGCAGCGCAACUAUUUGACACAAUUUGUGUGGACCGAAUGGAUGGAUGUUCGCAUGGUGGAGAUCGGUUGCAAACGGGUGUCUACAGCAGUGGUGAUAACAACGGGACUGGAGGAUCCCAUUAUGAAGGUCCACAAUGAUUUACUCAUCGAAAGACAUUUUUAUAUUGGUCUAUUGCUCUUCACCCAAAAAGUCGGAGAUGUGAAAUCAAUUGAAAAAUUGGCCAGGAAUUUAAGCCAACGGAAUUUUGUCAAUACAUUUAUAUUUUUUGAUUCCAUUGGAGGUGUGGCGAAUCUGUUUGGUUUCCAACAAUUUCCAGAAUUUGAGUUGAAAAAUUACACCGACUAUAACUUAUGGUUUGCAAAGGAAUUCAAACAAUUGGCUUUGGCUGCCCUCGACACAGGAGGCUAUAAAUGGUAUACCCCCAUGGAACAGGAUAUUCCAGGAGUUUUUAGCUACCUGACAGCAAAUGGGGCCAGACAGAUUCAAGGUACCAGUUAUACCAUACUAAAGAGUUUCAUGGACUCCAUAAAUGGUCGUUUAGUGGAAUAUCCCAAAAACAAAUCCGCAAAUGAUGUUGUCAACAUGCAGAAUGUCAUGUCUUUGGUUCGCAGCCGGAAAAUCCACAUCUCUGCCCAUGCCUAUGCCUUAUUCCAAAAAGAUAAGCUACUGGAAAAAAGCUAUCCAUUGCUGGUGGUCAAAUGGUGUCUAAUGGUACCCCUAAGGAAUGAACUAUCCACCAAUUUGUAUGCCCUGCAGCCAUUCGAGUGCCAGGUAUGGCUCAUGGUGGUAUUGGUCUUAUUUUUGCUAUGCUCCAUGGAUUUCCUGAUGUGGCAUCUAGGACAGAAAUCUCUUCAUUUCCUGGAUUUGUGGUUAAACGACAUGUGUUUUUUACUUAACCUCAGUCCCACAUUUCCCCUCUCCAACCCAGGCUGUUGGCAACGUUUUCUUUAUAAUUUUUCGAUUUUUUUCUUUGGAUUUUUCAUAACUUCCCUCUACUGCUCCUAUCUGGGAUCCGCCUUGACUGUCAGUUUAUUUCGCGAGCAAAUCAACACCCUGGAGGACAUAAUACGCCUACAGCUGCCCAUCAUGAUAAUCGAUUAUGAAUUGGAAUUUUUGGAAUCUCAAGGUUUCCCAUUACAACCGGAGUUCCUGCAAUUGCUGCUGGUUGUCAACUCCUCGUUCUUCUAUGCCCAUCAGCUAUCGAUGAAUGUAAGUUUCGGGUAUUUUACCACCGAAGAUCGCUGGCAUUUUUUGCAAUACUCCCAAAAACACUUGAAGCAGAGGCACUUCAAAUUUUCCCAGAUAUGCUUCGGGUCGUACCAUUUGGCCUAUGUCAUGGAAAAGGAUUCACCGAUUUGGCGUAAUUUGGAAUAUUUCAUUUUUCGUAUUCAUUCAUCGGGUCUGUAUCAGGUUUAUGAGCAGAAGGCAUUGUAUCAUGCCGUCAAGUCGGGCCAGCUGAGGAUCAUCAGGGCAGCUGGUGAAUAUCAGGCUGUUGGUAUGGAUCAUUUGGUGGUAAUAUUUGCCUUGAUGUUGGGGAUAUAUGUUUUGGGAGGGUUGUGUUUAAUUUUGGAAAUUAUUUGUCACGCGAAGAGGAGAAGAAGGAAUUGA